AUGCCUUUAUACCGGGAUGGCAAGGUAUAUCCCUCACACACUCAAGAAGAGACCCAGGAUGCUCCGGCGCCCUCUCAACUCGCCCCCGCUACGCAGCUCGAGCGUUCGCCGGACUGCCGAAACUUCAAAGACACGCCUGCCUUUGGCAUCCUGUGCUCGACGAUGGACCGUCUGCGUAACGAGAAGCCCGCAAAACGUAUAGAUACCUUGACAAGGGAGAGACCAGUCUACCACCUGAAGGAGGCAAACCUUGCCCGAGCCUACACGGAGGUACUGGGACUCGAUAAGCACGGAGAUGCCGCCAAGCGUCUCAAGAAUUGGAAGACACCCGUGGACGGACAGGUGGGCUCUUCUUCUGUGCCGAUUGCUGAUACAAAGGAAAACGCGAGUGGUGAUUUCGCCCGCGUCGCGUACCACGAGAUCAAAUCGCGAUCGACGGUGGAACAAGGUUCCCUCACGAUAGGCGACGUGAACGAUCUGCUCGACAAGCUGGCCGGGCCAAACGUUAAAACUGCCGAUGUGGUUGCCAUUCUGCGUACGGUGAAUGAGAAAGCGACUGCGGCCGAGCAAGAAUGGAUCAUCAGGAUCAUCCUGAAAGCUGGCACUCUGUUCAACGUCUGUUCUGACUUGAAGCGCGUAUGCUGGACUCUGUACGAGCCAGACAUCAAGUUGGAGAAACAUUGCUUCCUUCCUCAACUGUGCCAUCGUUCGCCGAACUCCAAUCACGAUGCCAUCGCCAAGCUCGUCGGUGGACCCAGCCUGGAGUUCAUCAUGGAGGAGAAGCUAGAUGGCGAGCGAAUCCAGCUUCAUAUGCGCGGCGGCGGAGCUGAGUGGUUCUAUUGCUCACGGAAGGCGAAAGACUACAUCAAGGUCUUCGACAUCCUCUACCUGAACGGCAAAUGCCUGACAGAUAGACGCCUGGAUGAGAGGAAGAAACUGCUUCGAUCUCCCAGAUUGUUCAGCAAUUUGGACGCAUUUAAGGGCCGCCUCGAGUUCGUUGAGGAGCGAAGGGGCAGGACGGGGAAGGACAUCCGCAACUUCUUGGAGGAGAUUCUGGAGCAAAAAAUCUUGAUCUCCUGGUACUUGGUGGCUGGUGGGGACAGGGAGGUCGCACGGGGAAGAUUUCCAGCCUGCUUUGUGGUUUGCGAAUCCCCCAAGAAGACGACGGGAGCGGAGAGCGGCCGAGGUGAGAAGCAUUCACGGGCUCUUGCUGACUCCAGGUUCACCACCCUCUGCAAAGUAGGAUCAGGAAUGACACUCGCCGACUACGAAUGGAUUCUAGGUCAUGAGGUAGCUGACGCGACAGCGGAUGUGUACAUUGAGCCCGAGCACUCGUUCGUUAUUGCUGUCAAGGCUUCUGAGAUCGUCUUCCCCGCCACUGGGUACGGUUCCGGCUACACGCUUCGCUUCCCACGCUGUCGCUACAUCUUUUGGGACAGAGAGAGCCGCAGCCAUCCGUCUUCAGAUGAGACUCAGGACCGCGACAUGUGGAAUUGCUUGAGUCUUCAAGAGUUUACGGAGGCCCUUCAGAAUAAGGAGAACAAACGCUACACGGAUGACGAUCAAGGCACGUUCUUCGUCGUGGCGUCUGAGGAUGCCGAAUCUCAACGAGCGUUUACCCAGACGUUGGCUGAGUACGAUGCGAAGUUGGGUUCCAGCAACGCCGACAGCAAGAACGAGGAGAUGGAAGAGGAAGAAGAGGACGACGAGCAGUCGGCUGUAGCUGAUGCGGUCGAUAAGGCUGACGUUUUCGCCACGAAGCAGCUUGUCGACUGGGGCAUGGGCGAUGACGAUGGGCGUACUCCUUCAUUCUCACCAACUCUUCGCUCCGCUGCUGCGGACGACAGCGACGCCUCUAGCCACGACGAAGCGGAAGAUCAAGAGGAGUACGAGGAGGAGGAGGAAGAAGAAGAACGGGAGGAGGAAGCAGGAACGAGGGAGAUGUCGCCCACGCUGCCCGCUCCUUCGACUGGCUCCGACCCUCAGGCCUCUCAAGCAGCGCAGGAAGACGAUGGCGAGGGAUACCGACCGCUGUUCCCCGUUGCACAGGCUGGCAAAGAGUCCCAAAUGAGUGGCGAGGCGAUGGAGUACGACGAGGACUCGCUCUUCGCGACAUUCACCUUCUACAUCGACACACCGGAGAAUGCAGAGCUGAACGAUCUGGCCUCAUCCUCGCCGCCCUCUGCCGCAAUAGAGCGCCUCGAUAAGGUCGCCGGCCUCCUGACUGAGCACGGCGGUCGCAUCGUGACCAACCUUAUGGACGCGACGCACGUCAUCAUGGAUGACGAGGAUUCGGCGCCUGAUCUCAGACCGAAGCGCAAGUACAUCGUGACCCCGAGCUGGGUCGAGGAGUGCGUCGACGAGGACACACUGGUGGACGAAGAUUCCAAGACUUCCCAAACGCAGUCAGCGCUGAUGACGAAGAGUGAGUACCAGGGAACAGCAGCUCCAUCAAGGUACGACAGGAGGAAGCCGAUCCCCAAUCUUUCGGGUGCGGGGCUCUCGGUCGGCCAUCUCCGCCCUGGCGCCCAUAUUUCGACGGCCGCGCGCGAGACUAUGUAA